CACGAUUUUCUGCUUGACUGACCAGUUAUGCGGAAGUGACUUUGUGAUCGUGCCAACCAACCAGCAAUCAAUGACCAUUAAAGUUACUUCAGGAAGAGCGAUCGAUUUGAGGGGGAUAGCUUGCUCCUAACAUUGGGUGAGCGUUUUCAGCAACAACACCGUACAAGUGCUGUGGAACCACUGAGGUGAUUCGCCGACUUGUCAUCAAACAUGCUGUCGUGGUUUUUGCACGACCCCAACAACAGCUGAACAGGCGUGCUUUUUGAAAAUUCGGGCGAGACCACGUAACUUUGAAAGUUCGACAUUUUGACUUCCCCUCAACAAUGCGGGUUUCAAAACCUGGAGUUCACAGUUGUGAAUGUGAGAGACGGAGUUGACUUGUGCAGACAUAGUUCUGACCAAGUUUCAGGACCAUUGUUGUGUGGCUUGUUUGUAUUUUUUCACGCAUGUUGUAAUGUUGGCUGACCGUUGACAGUCGGUUGAGGAUUUAAUCAUUGCUGCUCAUAUCACUAAACCUUAAUGUGGUUGCAUGCAUUUGUUAUAAUUGACGCUUUAGAAGUUUAAACUGGUUUAUGUGCUGAACAUGUAGAACUGGCCUCUUUCUGUCUGUCCAUUUUCUGACAGAACUUCACAGUAUCACCAUGACAUCACCAGUACAUAGAUAGAAGAGUUAUGAAGUAAACAGGUUCAGAUUGAGUAAGCGACAAGACCGUUGAGUUUCAGGUAUUUAAAUGCUGACUUGGUUAAGCAAGGCUUCAACGGAUCCAGCCUCGACACACAAGGAAAGUGAAUUCUACCAGUUGGCAAUUUGGAAAGGAGAAAUCAAAUCAAUAUAAUGAACAUGGAUGGAAUGAAGAGAGCGGCCAAGAUGCUGAUGAGAGGAGGCGGUGACCUAGGGUCAGUUGUUGUGGAUGCAAAGAGUCUUCAAGGAGUCAUCGGUGGGAAGUUGAUACCAUCUAUUAACAAUGUCGCAACAGGCCUUCUGAAGUGGUCAUACACCGAAUCCAACUACACAUUCCCAGAUGUCUUCUCCGCCUGGGCAGACCUCGAUGCUGGAUUCACGCAGCUGUUGCAAGAAUAUCUUGAAGAGUUCUCAAGGUAUAGGAAAUCCUUCAAGGAAAUCUUAGCCGAAUCGAAGAAAGUCAGUGACCUCCAGAAAGAGAAAGAGAGAACAGCAAACAAGGUUACGGCGGUUUCUAGCAAGUUAGAAGCUGCGAGAAAGGCAGCCAAGAAAAAUGAAGGCAACGAGAAAGCUAAGGCGCACGUGACCAAUAUGGAGGCAGAUCUGUAUGUGGCAAAGGCAAAAGAUGAAGAAACUGAGGAGUUGCUGAGGAACGCAACUGCCGACUUUGAAAACUACAAGGCAUCGAUGCUGAGGGACUCGCUCAUAACACACUGUCAGUGCUUGAAGGAUUUGCUGCAGAAAGGAACAGACUUGUGUCAGACAAAGUUGGACAUCGCCAAGUCCAUGCCGGAUGAUCCAGCCACAGCACCAGACCCUGGAGCUGAGAACAACCGAAAGGUCGAGGCCAUCUUCAACAAGUACCGUCUCCAGCUGUCCCCGAGGGAUCCCACCUUGGAGCGUAACCUCCCGGCCCAGCGAUACAAGACGUUACCCCCAUCCCAAACCCAGUAUCCUCCCAAGUCACCCAGGAUCACCAAUCAGUUGUCUGUGCCAGCGAAGCCAGUUGGAGGAAGACUCAGCAAACAGGCCGUGGCAAUACCUGUGGCCGACCGCUGCUCUGAUGUUGAGAGCGAGGAAGACGACGAUGACUACAUGAUUCCCAACGAGGACAUAACGUCCAGGCAGUCCAUCAAGAAUGCACCACCGGAGCUACCGCCGAGAAAUGUUGUAGAUGAGGAAGAAGAGUAUGUUGUUCCAACCCUCAGCCCUAAGUCUCCCGGGGGAAACAAACAACAGGUUCCUUUAUCCCCCAAGGAGGUGAUGGAGGCAGAUUACUUCCAAGUGGAUAAUGGAGAAAAUUUUGGGGAACCUCCAAGUUCUGCCCGGAAGACUUCCAACACCAGACAGCCCGACCUGGUGAGCGAACCGGUGUACACGAUUCCCCCCGAUGAGGAGGAGGAUGACACCGAUGCCAACCAGCUCUACGGCAACAUGACCAACGAGGAACUGGAGGAACACAAAAGAACAUCAGUUUUGAAUACUCCCACAAAGCCCAUGCCAUAUGCCAAGAAACCUAAGAAGCCAGCCGUCUACCCGAAACCUGUCCAGAAACCAACCAAGACAGCACCCUUGCAACACAGACAAGAUUCGGCCACUAAAGACGAACAAGCCACCGAAGAAGAUGACGAUAUUUACUCCAUGGUCUGUGAUGUAGAGAACACCCCCGAAAAAACAGGUGUGUCCCUAUCCUCCCGUGUGUCCCCGCCUGUCCCCGCCCAGCGCCACACGUUCUUAGAUUUUGAGCACCUCGACCACGACAGAAAACCUGAUUCGUGCAAACCAGAAAUCAAACAGAGUUACGUACAUUUGUCAUCCUCGCCUCGACCGGAGCACUUACCUCAGCAGGAGAGCUAUCAGUUGGGCGGGGAAACGAACGAUGAUGAAAUAUCGCACACCUAUUAUCACACUAGUAUGGGUGACAAGCUAACGCCAGAAGACGAUCUGAGCCUGUACAAAAAUAUGCCCGUACCAGAACAAGCUGUACCAACAACUACAGAGACUAAACAUUCCCCAAGUGUUGCCAAAAAGCCACCAGUAUCACCUUGGAAGCCCUCGGUCCCAGGCAGGGGCGGAGUCAAAUGACAUCACUAGAGCUGGAGGGUUUACACGUCCUCAAGGCACAGUGGGGCCUGAAGCAUAAGGAAGUGUCGUAGAUUUUUAAUUUUGCCUCGCUGAAUGAACAUUAUAUCCCACGGCGACUCCUCCAAAUUACUCAGUUAGGUACAACCCACAGAGUACUUGGUCCUUCCGUAAAAUUCGACGUGUCAAAAUUCCCUGUUUGCCUUGUUCCAAAUGCUGCUAGAUUUUAGACAUGUUACAGUCCCCGUCAAUUGAAAUAAGAAAAACCUCAUGAAACUGGUCAGUGAAGUAGCCUUUUUAGCAUAUUCUCCUUAUAUCGAAAUUGAUGGUAGGUCUUUCAACUUUACAUUUAAUUGAUUCUAUUGAAUUUACAUAGCAUGCAGUUCAGUUUAUAUAUUUUCUCCACACUGUACAAAAAAAAUUGUACUUUGUGGUCAUCCUGUUAUAACGUUAUUCCAUUUUUAUCCACGCAGCCUGACUGGUGUGAAGUUGUGUGAUGGUAUAUACAGGUAGUAAUCUACCAAAUGAAACCGUUGGCUGAGUAUACAUGUAGAAUGUAGCAUGAUAUUCAGCAUGUCGUCUUCACACGCUGUGUAGCUUAGAGCCGGGGAGAUUUAGUCAGUGCAAAUAGCAAACGGCGCUUGGUGAAAGUCUUUCCAAAGCUCUUCCUAACCAAUCAGCAUUAUUCAAAUUAACGAGAAUAAUCCAGGUGGAAGCAGCAGUGGAUGAUCUAGAAAAUGCUGCUCCAAAACUGGCCACAACGAAGUUGUGGAUUGCUUGGCAACCGUGGCAUGCCUGAGACACUUGGCGAGUUGGCAUGUCUUGCACUCGUGGUGUGUGGCUUUGGGAUAAAUAUGCGUUCACUGUAGUUACAGGAUCACAACUCUUUACAGCAGCCGCACAGUAGAUGGCACCCUGGGAAAAUUUGGCUCAAAUAGUAAAAUUGCCGUUUAAGGUAAUAAUGGCACUUGAUGAAUCGACGAACCAGGUUCAUCAAAGGCAUACACACAAUAUGCAUAAUACCCCAAGAAUGUUCAACUAAACACAAUUUUUAUAUUUACACAUGAUUAUCGGCGUCGCCAGAAUUUUUUUGGGGGGGGGUUGGCAAAGCACUCAUCAACAGCAAACAGAUAAACGAUUAAUGGUGGAAGGGAGUAAAUUCGGAGGUAUUUUUUGGGUAGAUUGAUUUAAUCCCUGCUUUUUUCUUUGUUUUUCUGUGUCUUUCACCUCAUUGUCC